UGCGAUCCUAAAACCUUGCAGAGCAGGAAACCUGGUUUAAACUUCAUCAAGAUGAAUCUAUUAGUGGUACUUGCAGCGGUAGUUGUCGGCGCCUUGGCUUCGCCCAUAAAGAGAGGGCACUGGGAUGACGCAUAUGGCGCUGACAACGAAGACGUAGCGGCACUCAGCGAGGAUGAUUUCCAGAAAUACAGAUUGCUUCUGCUGAAAGAUCUUGGAGGUCUUGACUAUCUCGUUUCUAGCCUUCUUAAUCCCAAACUUAAAGAAGAACUACAGAAGGCCUACGGACAUGUAGUCUUCAUGUCUAUUCAUGGGUUAAUGAGUCUUGCUGAUUCUGCUGAAAAGGAUGCAGAUCCAGAGAGCAAACCGCAAGCAAAAGAAUGUGAUGACAAAUCCAAUUUACCUACGACUAUGGAAGAAUGUAAAAGGUCGUUUGGUUAUAUGCUUUGGGGAAUUAGAGAGAAUAUCAGAGAAGCUGUUGCAGUUCUGUACGAUGACAAGGAAUCAAGGCAAGAAAAGCUUAAAGCGGUGAAGGGAUUUGUGGACAAAAUUGCUGGCAAGGGACCUUGUGUCCUCGGUUUAGCAGAUCAUUGCUAUGUGAAAAAAGAAGUUUCCAGAGAGCUGAGUGGUGAAGAAGCUAUUGAGGAGAAAGCAAAACGUUUGUUAGACACAUUUCUGUCUGGAUACAAGCGCGGAGAAGGGAAAGAGGCCUAUUAGAUAGACUAUUCUCUUUUGAAGGGGUUGCAGGCACAUUCGGAUAGACAUUGGAGAAAAGCGAAUAAGACAACACCGAACCAUUUAUGGAAGAUAUAAAUGAAUGAAACCCUUUUUUGCCCGAGAAACCGACCGAUCUGUCCAUGGACUUUCCUUGUCAUAACAUAUCUUGUUUUAAGAACAGUUUUAAAUGAAUAGCUUUUUAAAAAUUAUUUCGAUUUUUUCUUAAUUGCUGUGAAAUAAACAUUUAUCUGCAAUCUCAA